UUGACUUUCAAGAGGGCGAACAUCUGAAUCUGAUUCGCGUCAGUCGUAUGGAUAUGGGCGCCUAUCUUUGCAUAGCGACAAAUGGCAUCCCUCCUUCAGUUAGCAAACGUAUCAUAUUAGAUGUCGAAUUUUCUCCAAUGAUAUUUGUACCAAAUCAGCUGGUCGGAGCACCAAUGGGUUCAGAUGUAACGAUCGACUGUCAUACGGAAGCAUAUCCUAGAGCAAUCAGCUAUUGGGUGUAUGAUAAUAUCAUGUUGCUUUCUACAAAAAAAUAUGGUACUAAAAUAACAGAGAACAGUUAUCGAACGCAUAUGGAACUAACUGUGCGAAAUCUACAAAUUGAAGAUUUUGGUACCUACCGAUGUAUAUCUAAAAAUUCGUUGGGUGAAACUGAAGGGUCCAUUCGACUUUAUGAUAUGCCAAUGACAUCGAAACCUCCAAGGACGAAAGAAAUGCAAGUUUCGAACAUUCACAACAGAGGAGGUCACGAGAGACUCGAUACAGGGGAAAUUCAGGACGGAAAGUUUGAAGUUAUUAUGGUAUCUUCUUCAGAAAAAGAAAAAGUUCACAAGGGACCAUUUCAGGAUUCCACAAAGAGACGUUAUUCUCCUAUAAUUCCCCUGAGUUCAGGAAGUAUCACCAUUGCACGAUGGGCGCUAACAUAUGUUGUUGCUGCAAUUCUGUAUCGUUCUUUAUAAAGUGAAUCUUCCAAAAUGAAUUUACGAAUUCGAUAACACUCCAAAAUGCUGAGACUUUACGAUGUCGAUAAUACUUCAAAACAUAUCAUCGCUGAGACUUAAAUUUCGUUGGUUUUGUAACAAAUAGGAACAAUCGAUGAAUAAGUUCAAUAAAUUUACAGACUUUUCAUGUAAACUCCAAAUACAAAAAGAUCAUGUACUCAAUUAUUUGAAUCUAGGAAAUAAGUUUUUCAACUCUUGUGAUUAUUUAAUAAUAAUGAAAAUAAAGGAUCUUUAUUAACUUGGC